ACCAGAGAUCAGCUGCUUUCCUGCCAACUUCAGCUCUUGCAGGCACUGACUCAGUCUCUGGAACCCCACCCACCCCGCUUGCGAAAGGGCCCCGACAGGCUUGGGCUGGUUCUCCUCCUUCCGUCACCCAGGAGGGCAGGGCCACGGAUGGAACCGCUCCGGCCAGCUGCAUGGACGGCCUCACAUGAUCGCAGCAGGCAGCUCCCUGGGCCAGCCAUAAAAGGCCAACAUCUGGGCUGCCCCCCGAGGCUCCUCAGACGGACAGCCACCCGGUUCUGCCAGCUGCUUCUCCAAGAACUUGAGCAACAUGAAUGUUGGGGGACUUUCUCCUCCGGAACCGGCCACUCCCGAAAUCCAAGCAAUUGCUAACCAGGUGCAAGACAAGCUGAAGGAGGCGACCAACAAGAGAUUUGCCACCUACAAGGCCGUCUUGUACCGUGCGCAGGUGGUCGCUGGCAUGAACUACUUCAUCAAGAUGCGAUGUGGAGACAUGGAGAAGGAUUACGUCCACCUGAGGGUCUUCCAGGCCCUGCAGGGUCAAGGCGGGCAGACUGAGCUCUCCGGCUUCCAGCUGGACAAGACCAAGGAUGACCCCAUCACCUACUUCUAGGGGAAGCCGCCUGUCUUGGAGGGGAGCCGUGGGAGAAGCGUCCACUGAGCCCUGGAAGCUUCCGAACAGAAUAAACACAUUUGUCCAAAAAUGC